AAAUAUUUGUGAUUCAGAACUAGCCCAGUCAAGUAUCACUUCGUUCUUUUAUUUGUGUGUGGCUGGCAUUAGCAUCUAUGGAAAGCAUCUGGACAGCAAAAAGAGAGAAUUCUUGAAGGGGAUGCUUUCUGAAAUGCAGAACGAAAUUCCAUGAUAGCGCCUUGUCCAAGAAAACAUUUGAACAUUGCUUGAACCAAAGAUGGGUGCGGCGGAGUCUUCUUCCAAGCUCGCUAGCUCCGUCCAUGACUUCGUCGUGAAGGACUCAAGGGGAAAUGAUGUGGAGCUUAGCAGAUACAAGGGGAAGGUUCUGCUUAUCGUGAAUGUGGCUUCCCAAUGUGGUCUGACGAAUUCCAACUAUACUGAGUUGGGAUCACUCCAUAAGAAAUAUGGGGACAAAGGAUUGGAGAUACUGGCGUUCCCAUGCAAUCAGUUUGCUGGACAAGAGCCAGGUACCAAUGAGCAGAUUGCUGAGCUUGCUUGCACCCGUUUCAAAGCAGAGUAUCCUAUUUUUGGCAAGGUUGAUGUGAACGGCAGCAAUGCCGCUCCGUUGUACAAGUUCCUGAAGUCAGAGAAAGGCGGUCUAUUUGGAGAGCGCGUAAAAUGGAACUUCACCAAGUUCUUAGUUGACAAAGAUGGGCACGUCGUGGGCAGAUUUGCACCGAUCAGCUCCCCGUCGAGCAUUGAGAAUGACAUCGAGAAGCUUUUGGAAGCCUAGAGCUCUGUGUGGACUGGAAGACCAUUCCAGCAUCCGGUUCUGUUAUAUGCUGCCUGCUUUUCUUCGCCACUGGUAAUUAUUCAUUUGUAUGCAUACUGUUCUGACUGCAUCCAAGAUGCAUUUGCCCUCAGCAUAGGGAGGAGAAAAUUGUAAUACUAGACUGCAUUGCAUGACUGGGAAUGGCACAUCAUCAUACAAGGAAGAAGAAGGGCCGGGGAUCUUCGGAUUCGAAUAAGCAAUGCAAUGCAAGAACACAACUCGCAACAUUUGAGCGACGCCUA